AUGUUCGACCACACGCGAACCGACGAAUUCAUAGACUUCAUUGCCGGAAUUCCAGCCAUUUUUCACCCAAAAUAUGCCGUCGAUGACGAACAAUUGGGGGAAAUUUGGCGUCACGUCGGCCAUUCGUUCAAUAUUUCCGGUUUUGUUUUGUUUUUUUAUGAGUUUUAAAUUAUUGAACUAUUGCGAAAAACUCGGGUUGAGUAUUAUUUUACUCACAGAAAAAAAAUUAAAUAUGUUUGAGAGUUGCAGAAAAAGAAGCCAAUGCACAGUGGGAGUUACUUUCAAGGAUUCAUCGUAUUAUGAACGACGAUCUACCGCCACAGGUUACGUUUAUAAACGUUUUUCAAUUAUAGAAAACUUUUGAGCGGCAGUUCUUGAAAUUUCGAGGUUAAACUCUAAUUUGUGACAAGAGACACUCCACCAAAAAAGAUUACCCAAUUACCAUAAAAAAACUUGGGAAACUGAUGAUCAUUAAAAUAGAAAACGUAAAAUUUGUUAACGAUGUCGUGAGCUGGAACAAUAUUUAUCAUCUAGACUCCAUGGGCUAGAGCUGGGAAAAAAACAAAGGAGUGGCUAAAAGAUGGACUGCUUAAAAUAUUUCAUCGAAGAUUUAUCAUACUUUUUCCAAAAAUUGAUAACCUCGUAUUGAUGUAGAAACGUCAAUAAAUGAAAUACAAAAAAGUCCACUUAUUAAAAAAUCAAAAAGCUAUAAAAAUGAAUUAUGAAAAUAAAGGUGAGUGAAGACUUUUCGCACCUUUAUUCAGAACUAUACUGACAAUAUAUCUCCCCUAGGAGAAUCUAUGAAUCUCAUUAGCGAUAAUUCAAAAAUGUCUUUUUUUUUAUCCAAUGCGGAGAAACGUAUCCACUAAUUCUCUACGGAUCAAACUUGAUGGUCUCCCAAUCACGGCUUUCUAAAAAUCAAUUCCUUUCCGGUUGCUUCAGACCUUGUAUAACUCCGCGUCAGAGUCUACUCGUGAGGGCGAAAUAAUUCCCGUUACUGGUUAAUCUACCGUAUGCAGGGGAUAAGCCUUCUAUUGAUGAUACCAUCUACUCUUCUCAACAAAAAACUUGACUAGCUUUUUCGUUAAUCAGAAUUUACUUCCUUUCUCCGUAGCCUUUCACCAAUCUACACUCUAAUGCCAAUACUUCCAGGCAUUCUACUCUACGACGACUUCGACGGGUUCGGAAUGGCUAGAAGCGGAGCAAGCCCUCGCCGCCGCCCUCAGCCCGUUCUACCGACUCCGGCUGGACUUUCUCCUCACGGAUGUUUGCAAACAAGCGCGACGGCGCGUUACACAGCGUCCUUGAUUUAUGACUCAGUUUCUGCAUGCAACUGUUGUUGUUUAGAUUCGUGUACAUUUUAUACAUCUAUCCAUCUUGGAAAUAUUCGCACUAUUCACUGAUAAAUGAUUAAAGCUGGAAGCAUGUGAUGUGUGUAACAGCACCUGAUCUGAUUGUAUUGGGACCAAGAACCAUCUUUGGGAUUUCGGAAGUCCUGUGGAAGCGGCCCUAUCGCAAACGACAUAAAAUAACUUUUUUUCUUUCAAUAAGUCAAUUUACUGAUAGAAAAGAUGAACAUCCUAAAUUGAGUCUGAAAAAACGGCUGAGAACAGAAAAAAUGUCCAUUUUAACACUUUAUCAGAAAAAUUUCAGUGUAUACAGUUGAUUUUUUUUCCCUUAUUUUUCCGUAAACAUGAUUCAAUGAAUACUUCAAAAAAAUCAAGAAAAGUUUUUAAAGAAGAAGUAUGUCAUUGAAAAAAAUGAAAAAAACUUCAAUAGAAACAAAUUAAAGAAGUAUCGAAAAGUUUAAAACUAGAUAUUGAAAUACCAAAAAGAUACAAAAAUUACUUUUCUUUUGAUUUACGCCACGAAGGAAAACUUUUUGUUCCCUUCCUUAUCAUUUAGAGGCUUCCAGAAAGAGUUCAAAAUCUUCGAUUAGAACUUCGCAAAGAAGGACAAAAUGAUGGACCAUUCUCUCAACUUUUUGACUAUAUGUCUAUUGAUUGGUCAACGAAAAAAAAAAACCUUGAACCCAGUCUACUGAACUACACAGGUGACUCAUCCAGAAAAAUAUCUUGAUUGAUUGCGUUGAACACUUGAAGCAACCAUGAAAGCUCAAAAGUCAAUCAUCAAACGGCAGGAUUCCUUCUUGUUUAGUGCGAGAUGCAGUGCUCGGAACAGCCGCGUCGCAUCCACCAGUGCUGCUAUUAAAAGUCUGUGUUCGUCAAGCAGUUAGGCAUGGCUUCAAGGCGCGUGAUGCACCUCCACGCCGAGGCGCCGCCCACUUUCAAUCCAACCAAGACCGUUUAAAUAGUCGGCAGCCGAGACCGGCCCUUCAAUUGACCUUAUGUUUUUUUUUCUUUUUGACUAUUGACAAGUUUACACUGCAUUCUGUCCGGUCCGCUCCAUGCCAUUUCUUUUUCAGAACCAACAGAAAAUGAAGGCCGUCAUCGGACUGGUAGCCAUCGUUGCCCUGUGCGUUCUGGAGACGUCGGCGACUCUUCAGAACGUCACUGUCAGAGGCAUUGCCGUCUGCAACAAGCGACGACUGGCCAACGCUCAGGUUCAGCUCUACGAUCGCGAUACUCGUAAGCUACGAAUGUUCGUUCCUUAGAACUUGAUCAUUCUUACAGUUGAUCCCAACGAUCUGCUUGCUGAGGUCCACACCAACCGCGAAGGCGAGUUCGAGCUGUUCGGUAGCGAAGACGAGGUUCGUUUUUUUUUUUUCUGGCGUUUCUGAGCGCAAGAUUCAAUUUAACCUUCCGAAGACACGCUUCUCAAGCUUUUCUAAUAGAAGGAAGCAUUUCAAACAAGAAUAGAAACUCGGAAAGAAAACCCAAACUUAGGGAAAUUAUUCUCUAGUUUCAAGAUCUUCAGUUCUUUAUUUAUCCCCCGGAAUAUUUGCUAGUUUCAAGCUUAUUCAAGUAAAAACCUUCAAAAUUUAAUUUAAUUACGAAAAAGUGUUUAAAAAAAGAAAAAAAAGUUGCCUUUUUUCGGAGAAAAAAAAUCGUUUUGCAGAUCGGUUCGAUUGAGCCCUUCAUCCGGAUCACGCACAACUGCAACGCCAAGCCGGGUUGCUCUCGCCGCGACGACUACGACGUCCCGAAGGAGAAGAUCGGAGACGUCUACGACAUGACCUACGUCACCCUCGACAUCAUCGUUCACGGAGAAAAGGAAAUCUGCUAG